AUGUCUUUAUUAAAAUUAAUGCAAAACAAUACAAAAAAUAUAUUGAUUAAGUACAAUGAAUCACAAGCUGUCCUUAUUUCUUCUAGAAAAUUAAGUAUAGUACCUUCAGUAUAUGAUGGAGAGAAUCCGGCGCCGAAAUUCUUCUCAUCAGGUAUUCAAAUAUUGCUAAAACGUUUAACUCGCCCUGAUUUUGCUAAAGUGUUCCGUAAAAGGACCAAUAGCAAUGUACCAAUUCUUAAAACACCAGUUUAUAAGUUUUUAACUGAUGAAGAGUUAAAUAUUGAACGAGAAAGAGCUAACAAAAGUGCAGAUAGAUUGCUUCAGAUGCCACCAGUUGUUAAGAUUCAUGAACCCAUAGUUGAUGUUUUAUCCAAAGAUCCAGCAUUGGUUGGAUAUGAUUCAGCAAGAUAUUUAUUUACAGAUAUUACUUUCGGUGUUGACAAUGAACACAGAAUAAUUGUAGAAAGAGACCCAGAUGGGACAUUACGUAGUUGUGAUCACGAUGAUAGAAAAAGGCUUAAUCAGAUAUACUUCCCUAUGCAAGGUCGUAAAAUAAAGGACCCGUUGAUAUUCUCAGAUGAAGAAAAAUUCCACAGCCUGCUUGACCGUUACAAGUAUGAAUAUGUUUUAGACAGAACUUGCGUCCAAUAUGAGCCAGAUGAGCCUCAGUAUCAGAAGCUAACAAGUAUAACAUACCAGCAUGUUGAUAUGAAUACACAGUUUAAUUUAUUAAGAUCUACCCGUCACUUUGGGCCACUCGCUUUCUACCUCACGUGGCACCACAGUAUGGAUAAUCUUAUGUUAGAGUUGGUGCAGAGUGGGGCCAUACGUGAGGCUGUGUUGUUGAUGGCUCUGCGACACGGGAUACACAAAGACCUGGCUAAUGGGCAAGAAAGUGAUGAUUUAGUUGCACAAAUCUUGCCGACACCAGUGCAACUAACAAAGCCAGAAUACCUUUCAGAACAGGACAUAGAACUAGACAAUAAAUGUAUGGAUUGUGUGGACAAGUAUAUAGAAAAUAACUCGGCUAUGAAGAGCCAGCAAGGGCUAGCUUUGCAGGGCUUCAGGGAGUACUACCAACAGCUAGUUGAACUUAGCAGGGGAUUAAAGAAGGCUCAUGGAACCGCU